GAAAGUGUGGUAUUUGAAAAGUGCAUAGGAGUAAAGUGGAAUGUUUGAAACUUGAAAGGGGUUUGAAUAUGAAAAUGAAAGUAAAUGAGGGUUUUUUCUGUAUUUUGACCCCGUGUUGUAAUGCCCUCAGCAGCUUAUCCUCUCACUGGUUGUGAAGUCCAGUAGAGUGAAAGUGUUCCUCUUCCUCUUCAGGAAAUAUGGAGACUUCGAACAGCCACAGUUCUGGCAUUAUGUGGUUCUUCAAAGACAGGGGCUUUGAUGAUAAAAGUAUUCAUGAAAUGUGCCAAAAGUGCAAGCGCCUUGAGGGUGUGCAAAGAGAAAAGGCAUCUGAAAACUGGGACUACUUGAGAAGCAUAGGCAUCAAAGAGAGAAAACUUCCUUCUGUUGUUCAGAAAUGUCCGAAAAUCCUUACUCUAGGCUUGCAUGAGAAACUUGUCCCGAUGGUUCACUGUCUUGAAACACUGGGAUCAAAACCACAGGAAGUGGCUUCUGCCAUUACUAAAUUCCCUCACAUACUCUCUCACAGUGUGGAAGAGAAGCUCUGUCCACUCCUAGCUUUCUUUGAAGCUCUUGGCAUCACUGACAAACAACUGGGUAAGAUGAUACUGAUCAACCCAAGGAUAAUAAGCUACAGCAUAGAAAAUAAGCUUUCACAGAUGGUGGAAUUUCUUUCCAGUCUUCAUCUAUCAAAGGACGGUAUGAUUGGUAAAGUUCUGGUGAAGCAUCCAUACAUUAUGGGUUAUAGUGUUGAUAGGCGGCUGCGUCCUACUUCAGAGUUCUUGAAAUCAAUAGGUUUAACAGAUAUGGAUCUCCAGAAAGUGGCAGUUAAUUAUCCUGAAGUUUUGUGUAGGGAUGUGAACAAGAUUCUGAAACCUAACCUGUCCUACUUGACAUCACGGGGUUUUGGACUUGGACAGAUAGCAGCUGUGGUCACCUGUUAUCCUCCUGUUCUGAUAAAGAGCGUUAGCAACUCUUUAGAGCCAAGGAUUAAGUUUCUGAUAGACGUCAUGGGGAGGCGACUUGAUGAAGUUGUUGAUUAUCCCGACUACUUUAGGCAUAGCUUGAAGAGAAGAUUAGAGUCGAGGCAAAAACUUCUAAUGAGAAAGAACAUAAGCUGUACGCUGAGUGAAAUGCUGGACUGUAAUCAGAAGAAAUUCCUAUUCAAGUUUGGUCUAGUUCAGUGAAAGUAUGACCCUGUGCUUUGCCUUCCUUUCUCUCGUAGAGUAUAUAUCUCGGGAUUCCUACUUUUAUCAAUCUGAAAGACCUAUAGGCUAUAGGAAUGAGUUCUCUUUUCGCACCUUUUGCAGUCAGUAGGUCUUGUGCGAAACUAUUUUUGGUAAAUCAUUCAUCUGCUGCUUUUGCAA